GGGUCCAUAUCUUCGGAAUCCAUCCCGCCAAACCGGCUUAGUGUCCAUGGGCGACCUGGAUCCCUUCGGCUGGUGAGGUGGUGUGGUAUCCAUGAGCCAUCGAUCUUCAUCCCAAUUUUCUUCUUCUUGAGGGGAAGACCUUAUUUUAAACGGUCUUACCACCGCCACAGCCUUUCCUUCCCACACCGUAGGCAACUUAAAUUUCUGUAGACACAUUGCUUCUUACACACUGUUUGCCAACAACUGACUUCUCUCCGCGCGUUCCACAAUUUAAGCACAUAUUUCCAAGGUCAUCCCUUCUACAUCUCGAGGUCGUUCACUCCUACAAGGUCACACCCACUCAAGGUCGAGAGUGCUCGAGGCCAUUUAUGAUCAAGGUCACACAUCAAGGUCACUCGGAAACUCAAGGUCUCAUUUCAAGGUCACUAGAAAAGUCAAGGUCACACAACGAGGUCACUCUGAAACUCAAGGUCACACUACAAGCUCACUCGGAAACUCAAGGUCGCAUUUCAAGGUCACUUGGAAAAACUCAAGGUCACACUUCAAGGUCACUCGGAAACUCAAGGUGACAUUUCAAGGUCACAUUUCAAGGUUGCACCAAAGGUCA